AUGGCUAUUGACAUGAAAAUAACCAAACUAAAAGUGUUUGGUGAUUCUACCUUAAUCAUCCUCCAGACUGUGGAUGAAUGGAAGACUAGGGAUGCUAAGCUAAUACCCUAUCAUGACUAUUUGGAAGAAUUGGUGACAGAAUUCAACGAGAUCUCGUUCGACUACCUAUCUAGAUAUCAUAACCAAUUUGACGAUGCACUGGCCACGCUAUCAUCCAUGUUGCAGGUCACCAAUAGGCUGGAAAUAGAACCUUUGAAGAUUGAAGUCCUGACCAGACCGGCCUAUUGCAUGGCCUUGAUUGAGGAACCCGAUGGUAAAUGA